GUUAGCUGAAGCUGAUUGUCGCUGAUAAUGUCCAUGGUUGAAUUUGGAUCAAUUAGGGUCUGGCAGAUGUGCAGAAUCAUGGUUGACCCCAGGGCCUAAAGAACACAAUCCAAUUUUCCUCAACAAAUGUAAUACCAUUAGGCUGGAUAAAAACAGACAAAUCACUAGGGAGGAGUCUCUUAAAAACCAGAGAGGUGGAUGAGACAGACAGAGACCGGGCAGUUGCUCAAAGACAAUACCCAAAAAGGCUUGGAGACAGAGAAACCUAAACACUGGGAAACUGGUGGUUUUUAAAAGAAAGUCAAACUUUUCAGAAAAUGAGAGCCUGAGAGGAUAGAAAACAUGUGAAGAAAAAAACAUAAACAACCCCCAAACGACCACUGAAAGGGAUUCUGCUGUGGCCAGAAUGCAAAGAAGAGAAACACAGUGAACGUUUUGAGUUUGGAGAAUUUUACAGCUCUGGAGAAAAAGUUUCCACAAAACAUUUUGGAUCGAACUCCAGUUCAACUUUGGCUAAAGAGAAAGAAAAGAAAUAGAAGUGGAAAGAAAACCUGAGAGACUCUGUUCGCUGUUUCACUGAAGCUCAUUACGAUCUGUCGUUGGGGAUGAGGAUCUUCAAUAAAAACCUUCGCCUUCAGGACAUAACCAUCAUGUAUUUUACUGCCCUGGCUGCUCUAAUGGUCAUCUUGGUGGCUUCUUACCAGGCACCCAACAAUGCUGUUGAAGUAUCCAGCCUUAAACCAAACCCCUCUCGCCUUCUCCCACCUCUCCCCAUGCCUUUCCGUGUGCCCCUUGAUCCACGUGGGGAGCUCCAGCUGGCUUGGAAUGUCAGCUACACCAACCAGGAGAUUUACAUGGAGCUGAGGGUUGCAGAGCUCAGACAUGGAGUGGUCCUGGGGAUGUCCGAUCGGGGAGAGCUGACCAAUGCUGACCUGUUGGUGCUGUGGGACUCUGGAACCCAGAGCUACUUUGGAGAUGCUUGGAGUGACAGCAAGGGUCAUGUAUCACUAGACAGCCAACAGGACUACGACCUGAUUGAAGCCAAACAGAAAGCUGAAGGAUAUUACCUGCUCUUCAAAAGACCAUUCAGUACCUGCGAUCCCAGAGACUACGUCAUAGAGGAGGGGACUGUGCACAUCAUCUACGGCUUCUUGGAUAAACCACUUGCCUCACUGGAGAAGCUGAACCUGUCCGAGAUCCGCACAGGCGUACAGAGAGUCCUGAUGUUGCGUCCCGACACGCCGCCACCUACCCUGCCUCCAGACGUACAAAUGUUAGAUGUAGUGGCACCAAAUGUCAGCAUGCCAAAUCAAGAGACCACCUACUGGUGCUACAUCCACAACCUGCCGGAAAAUUUGCCCAAGAACCACAUUGUUAUGUAUGAGUCAGUGAUAACUCCAGGGAACGAGGCCAUCGUGCAUCACAUAGAAGUGUUUGAGUGUUCUCCGGAUAUCCCCGCAGUUCCAGGGUACAGCGGCUCCUGUGAUGACAAAAUGAAGCCGAAAAAGCUCAACUUUUGCCGACACGUGCUAGCUGCAUGGGCUAUGGGGGCUGAGGCUUUCUACUAUCCCCCUGAUGCAGGCUUGGCUAUGGGUGGACCAGGCUCCUCAAGAUUCCUCCGUCUGGAGGUCCAUUACCACAACCCUCUCCUUAUAUCCGGCCGGCGUGACUCAUCAGGGAUACGACUGUAUUACACCCCGAGCCUGAGGCGCUACGAUGCAGGGAUCAUGGAGCUGGGCCUCGUUUACACUCCUGUAAUGGCUAUCCCACCUAAACAACACACCUUUUACCUCAGUGGAUACUGCACCUCCAAGUGUACCCAAACAGCUUUGCCUUCAGGUGGAAUCUAUGUAUUUGCUUCCCAGCUGCACACCCACUUGGCGGGGCGUGGGGUGAGGACGAUUUUGGUGAGGGGAGGCAAAGAGCUGGAGGUGGUACAGGAAGACCAGCAUUUCAGUACACACUACCAGACAAUCCGAGUUCUUAGGAAAAUGGUGAACAUUUUGCCUGGUGACGUACUUAUAACAAAGUGUACUUAUAACACAGAAGAUAGGAGCGAGCCUACAGUGGGUGGUUUUGGCAUCAUGGAGGAAAUGUGUGUCAACUACAUUCACUACUACCCCCGUACCCAGCUGGAGCUCUGCAAGAGCCACGUUGACCAAGGAUACCUGCAGAAAUAUUUUAGCUUCAUUAACAGGUUCCAUGGAAAUGACCAGUGUGUGUGUGGUGAGGUUAGUGUGACGGAGCAGUUUUCUCAACUAGAGUGGGAUGAAUUCACCGGAGAAGUGCUGGACUCGCUUUUUAACACAGCCCCCAUCUCGAUGCACUGCAAUCAGUCGACUGCAAGCCUCUUUCCUGGUGACUGGGACAAACAGCCCAUACCAGCGGUGACCUCUGUCCUUAAAAAACCUCAGUACACCUGUAAGCGAGGCACGCUUCGCACCAACUGAUGCCUUACUCCUUCAAUGUGAGCAGCAGGGGGUUCGCAGGAUGUUUCAGCCCAAGGAAAAGGGAGACCUCAAGAGUGGAAAGCCAAACAAGUUCCCACAAUUUUAUUCAGUUUGCCUUGGUUUUUAUGUGUUUGUUAUCUACUUGCUGUAACUAUAUACUUAUAUAAAUUCCUGCAGUCUGUGUUAUUGUUAGUACGUAUAAAAUUCUGUUAGUAACAAUCAUAUUUUUUCCCCAUUGAAACCAUUUAAAACUCUACAAAUUGGGAAUGGCAGGUAUCAAACUAAAUUAAAAUAAUGCUGGCAGUUUUUUUGUAGCUGUUAUCAACAGACAUGUUCCGUUUGUGCAGAGACAUAACACAUCUACAUGUUUGUUCCCUGUGAUCCUGUUGACCAACUUAAAACAUUUGGGCAGGAAACAUGAUGUCAUUUGGUGAAUAAUUACAAUCUGUACUAAACACAGCAUAAUAAGUGACUUGAGUGUUAUUCAAAGGCAAGAAAUUAAAUAAAAAUAAUUAAAAAUAAACACAUUUUUAUGCUUUCCUUAGUUAAAGAAAACGGAUGGAUGAAUAAUGAAGGUCACAAAGUGUUGAAUGUUCAAUAGACAUUUAUUAAUACACAAAUCGCGUUGGACAGAAGAAAUGAAUGAGGGUUAACAUUUGCUUUAUAAUUUGACUGGCCGCCACAUCUUUCCACCUCUCAUUUUUUAUUCAUUUUAAACUGGUCAAGUUUUUCUCUCUAAGCAUUAAUAAUAAACGCACAGUCCAAAUAUACAUCCAAACAUCGAAUAACAAGGUCAAUUUUAACAACAAGCCAGUUUUCCAUCGAGAGGUUUUCAGUGUUUAAUCAUAUUACUGGAAGAAGAAGCGAAAAAAAGAAACAAACAAAAGAAACAGAAACUCUACCUACAACGUGAUAAAAGAGCUGCAGUGUUUUAUCAGUGUGUUUCAAAUUUCCCACAUAAAUCUCGUUAUUAACCUAGACUGCUCCUGAGAACAACCAUUGCAACGAUUAAUGGCCUUGUGAGCAGAAUCAAUGAAUCAUUCCACAUUAGUAAACAUUUCGUGCUGAACCGGUUUCAACAAACAUCGGCGGGAGAAGCAGGAAACACACAUACAAAUGCCUUCCAUUA